AUGAAUCCUUUUAAUUAUUCUCAAAUCUUUAAAACUGCUGAAAAAUCCAAAGAAGAAAGCUACAGAGAAUUAAAGAUUCAAAAAAUUACUGAAAUGCUAGACAAAGAAUUUGAAUUAAGCUUAAUGAAAUCAAGUGCGUUUUCCUUUUCACAAAUAACUGAUCGGCAUUCACUAAUGAAAAAAUACAAUCAAUUACUAUUUACCAAUCAGCAAAAAAGCAAAGAAUUAGACAGCCUCAAAGAUAUCAUUGAAAAUUUAAAAAAAUCUAACUCUUCAGCUAUUUUUACACAGAAAAAAUCUGAAAAUUUACUUAUAGAUAUACAAAGCUCUAUAAAUAGUAGAUAUGCUGCUACAGAAUCUGAAAAACUAGACCUGAUUGAAAAACUUAAAGAAGAAAUAGUAAAAAUCAAUAGUAAAAUUGAGCAAGAAUAUUUCACUUCAGAACGGUUAGCUGCUAUGAAAUCAAAAGCAAAAAAAUCGCUUGUAAAUACCAAUUAGAUUGAUAUAAAGAAAAAGGUUUGAGAAAUGCAAACAGAAUGCGACACAGUAAGAAAAUAUGAAAAUAAGACAAUGAUUAUAGAAAGGACUGCAGAUAACGAAAAAAUUAGAUGUGAUUUUGAAAACACGAUACAAAGAUCAAGCAUUAAAACUGAAAGGAUAGCUCGGAAAGAAAAACUUACUUUAUUAGCCAAAAAGCAAAUUAUAUUAAAAAAAGACACAGAGCUAUUGACCACAAAAUUUGUCGAGGAUACUGUAAAAAAUGAUGAUCAAAAAGAAUUCAAGAUGAUUUUGUCACAAGAUUUGAGAGAAGCGUUGUCAGAUCAUGACGAGCUAAGAUUCAUGAGCAAAAAAAUUCAAGCUAAACUUGAAGCGUAUGAAGAAGUAUUUUUUCACAUAAAAGAGUAAAAUAUAUUUAAUCCCCUUUUUAAAUUUUAAUAAGUCAUAAAUUUACUACAGUUAACUGGAACAAAUCUUGAUUUUUAGGGGGAAAAUAUAAUUAAAUGCGAAUAGACUCAACAUUCAUUAAUGAUACAAAAAUCAGAAAUUUGCCUAUAGCUUGCUCUAUUAAAGGUGGAGUAAAAGAAGAGCAAUAGCACUUUUGGUAUGUAAUGAAUUUUUAAUUUUUUUAAAAAAAUUUCAUAUAGAGUGUUUGUUUUAACUAAUUCUUUAAAUUGGAAUAGAUCUAAUGACAAGGAGUUAGGCUGACUGGAAAAUCAAAAUGCUUAGACUUGGAUCCAGAAAGUCCUGGACUCAGCAUUCCACAAGAAGUUACGAGCUGUUUUAGUAAAAUGAUUUCAAUAGAAACAAAGCUUAAAGAAAGGUUUGAAUAUCUCACAUCAAUUCAUAACAAACUGAAGUACAAAUGUGAUAAAAUUUCUUAUGAUCUGAGUAUGCUGAAAAAACUAGAUGAAAAUUGUAUAAAUUUUAAUGACUUAAAACAUCAUACAAAAGUUUUGAGAUGCCAAACCGCAAAUAAUGGAAUCACACUCACAGAUUUAAUAAUUUCAUGAGACACCUAUUCUAAUGAUACUCAAAAGCAAGAACUUAUAGAGAAAUAUGAAAAUAUAUCAUUUUUUACAUAUAAAUUUUUAUCUGAAACAUGCACAAAAGUAGCUUCUACUCUUCAAAGAUUAUUUUUAGAGACUGGCGACAUUAAAAGUCAAGCAAUUUUACAAGAAAAUUCUACAUUUUUGACAGAAGUUCGAGAAACUUUAUCUUCAGAUUCCUUUCAAAAAAGUCCCAAAAAAUCUAAUAGUUCUCAAAAUUCCUCUAUAGGCCAAAAAAUCGAAUCAUCCAUUUAUAUUCUCCAACAAAUUUUAUCAGGCCAUGCAGAAUUGACAAAGGAGCUUGAAAUUAUUGUAAAAUCUUAUGAAAUUCCAGAGCAAAAACAACCCAAGUUAAGCUCUGUUCUAUCAGCUCCAGUCUCAAAACACAAUUCAAAAUCAAUUUCUGACCUCCUCACUUCAGCUAUCAAGAUGAAAGUCCAAGAAUUAAUUAAAAAGAAGUCUUCAGCGCAUUCAGGCCUCAAAGCAGAAUUUGAAGAUUUUGUGAAAAGGUUUAAAAUAAAUGAAGUUAAUAUAAAUGAUUUAAACACAGAAGAAAUUUUAGAAGAAACUGAUUCUCAAAGCGGCUUAAAUUUAGGCCAUACUAACAUGAAUGAGUCAACAAUGUCACCAAGGACGAAGAGAAAACGAAAAACAAAUCUGCCUAAACUAUAUCAGAUACCUACAAAGCAAGAUAGGAGAAAUGUGAUUCAAGAAGUCAAACUCUUACCCUCUCUUUGACAAUAAAUAAUUUUUUUCUUGCUGACAAAAGGUCAAUUAUUUUAGUAUAAAGCUGUUUUAUCAGAUUUGCAAAUACAAAUUUGGAUAUUUAAAAAGGAAAAAUCUAAUUUAUUUAAUAAAAAUUAUGUAUUAGAAUGUCUCUCUAAUAUUUAAUAUAAUUGGCCAGAGAACUCAUUUUUUUAUUUUUGAAAGGAUUUUCGAAAAAAAAUUAUAUUAAAAUUUUUGUCUCGGGGAGCUAGAACUAAGGCUUAAUGAAGUAAAAAAAUUGAGCAAUAAAAAUAUAAACAAGAAAUAUCAAGCUAAAGGGUUAACAUCAAGGGCUUCUACUGAUAAAAGUGUUCCUUCUUUUUCACAGAGUGAUAUUUUAUAUAAAACUUAUUCUCAUAUGCCCACAAAAAGAAAAUAA